CUUCAUCUUCUUCUCUCUCUCUCUCUCUCUCUCGACGUUAAAGAAAGAACCGAACAGAGACGUGGAAACUACCUGCACAUGUAUUUUAUCUUACUCGGGCUUAAGGGAACGAGAAGGCGUUUGGUAUUUCCAUGCAGAGUCAUUUUACGCACGGUUUGUGAUGAUGGAGAUAAUGAAACUUGUUGUGAUUGUUCUUCUGCUGCUGACAAAUGUUUUCUGUCAAGAUGUGGACAACUGGAGAGGAGCCAGAGAAGAGAACAAAUGGCCGAACUCUGAAGUCAUUGAAGAUGUGUUCGUGAGACUGAUCAGAAAACCAGGACCACGUCAGUAUCUGGGAAUCAUGGGGAAGAAAUACUCUGGGAAAAUGCAGCCAGCAGGUAAACCACACAAAUUUCAAACCUUCGUGGGUCUGAUGGGGAAACGGAGCUUUGAGGAUGACGGCUUCAUGGGAGCUGCACAGAGGAGCGAGGAUUACUGAGGAGCAAACAUCCGAGUCUCUACUUCGAUUCAUCUCAGAUCAACAAGAAGAAGUUUGUGUUUUCAGUUUGUCGUGGUUUCAUGAAAAUGUCUUUUUGAAUAGUUUGACGCUGGGGGACACCAGCGACAUCUAGUGGCAGAAUACUGUGGUAAACACUGGAAGUUAAACAAAAGUGAUACUUUGAUGGUGCAUAAUUAUUAUGAUGUAUAAAUCAUUUUAUAAUAAGAUCGUCUCACACCUCGUUAUCAUCACAGGUUUAUUAAGUGACUUUGUACAAUACAAAUGAAAAAUAAAAUUAAAAAUACAGAGAUGGAGUACAUAGCCAA